GAAAUUCUACCACUCUGCCUACGCAGCGAACGCAACAUAACGAAACCUACGCAAUCCAGCAAUCCAGCAAUGCCAAAGAUCCCCUCUCAGACAAGGCUUCAACAACCGAGGAAUGAGAGCCCAUACGGAGAAAAUAGACCAACUUCAAACAAUUCGCCUUCUCUGACUGCAGCUCUGCCACCUAUUGAGCCUAUCGAGCCUGUCGAGCCUGUCGAGCCUGUCGAGCCUGUCGAUCCCGUUGAGCCCGUUGAGCCUGUCGAGCCCACAGCAACUAGUGGUUCGCCCACGUUGCCUACGCUUGAGCUACAACUUCUACGCUGCAAGGACUGCCUUACGUACUGCAUCGACCCGCGUGACCAUUAUCGUGGAAAGCCUUAUGCCCGAUGCGCUACCUGCCGCAAUAAACGAUAUGAGAAUGAUUUAAGGAACAGACUGCCACUUCCAAGCAAAAGAAAAGAGGUUAUCCCAGAUUCUGAGGAGUCUGAAGAAGAUGUCUGCGAGCCCACAGCAACUAGUGGUAAGUCUGCUCAUCAUGUCAAUUGGUACGCGUACCGUAGAGUUGGGCAAAUAACUGGCACACUGCGCCCUAGUUACUAA